AGAGUGUUCGUUAUUAAAAACAUUAAUUGCAGAAUAAAUUGAAUUAAUUUUCGAUUACCAAUUAAAGACAAAAUGUUGUGUCAUAACAUGUCGUCUUUAACAAUGAAACUCAAAGCUAAAAAAUGUUGUUUUCAAAGACGCAAUCGUCAAUUUACCAACAUUCUAAUGCUGUCAAUCAUAUGGACAAUGUUGUUUACAGAAACUAUGGCAAGACCAAAUUUAGAAACACUUUUAUCCAACAAACCCACAAACGAUGUUGUACAAGAGGAGCAACAACAGGAGGAUUUAUUUCUAAAUGAAAUAAUGACAAACACAAAUGGCGAAAAAUUAUUUAAUAAAUUGAAAAGAUAUCAUCACAAUCAACCCAAUUAUUUAAACAAAUGGCCGGGACUACGUGAUUUGGUUUUAACUUUAGACUACAAUGAGAACAAUGGUCUCGAGGAGAGUAAUGAAUUUUUUAAUACGAAAUUUUUUGAACGUUUAAGGCAAUUGGCUUCCUCUAAUUCGGAAUCAUAUGAUGAAGAUAUACGUGAGGAGAAUACAAAUCUAAUGCCUUUAAAGGGUUUAAAGACUUCAGCCUCAAUGUCUGCAAAUCAAUUGACGUUUAAAGAUCAUAAUAUUAAGAAGAAUGUGCAGUUUCGUAAACAUUACAUGUCACCCUGUCAUUUCAAAAUCUGCAAUAUG